AUGCACUUGAAGACAUUAUUAACAAUAUACCUGGGUACGACUUAUUUGGCGAAAAGCUUACCUCGAGUAUCCCCAUUCUUUAUCAAUUAUGUUGUUCUUCAAGUUUUUCGAAGGCAGCACUCCACCACUUAUGGAUUAUGGACAAGAAUUAGCACCUAUUAUGCUGUUUAUAGUAUCAACCACCCUUAUGAAUCUUCUGGACUUUCAUGGCCAAAGAUCCUUCCGAAGAAUUAUGGUUGGCGUAUAUAUUUUUCAACUAUUAAUGAUUGGAUAUAUGUCAUUGAGGAAAUCAUUUCAUUUUGCUGUAAUAAUCGUGCCCCUUUUUGUUAUUACGGGUGUUUGCUCUUAUCAUUUAGAUUUGAUGUCAAGUCUAGACCAAGUUCACAAGGUUCCGGCAAAAAAGUAGCGGUAGUUGACGCUCCGAUAGGAAGUUCGGCUAACACCUCAUCAAAUCUUAAUGAGAAUAACAACAACGAACUAGUACGAGACGUAUUAGAAGAUGAUUUAUAUCGUGCAGAACCAUAUUUAUAUACAGAUUAUAUUCAACCUUCGAUGACACAAUAUAAUGGUGUACUUCAUACAGGGAUGAGAAACUAUAUAUCUCCAUCAUUAGUAGGAGUUUACCAUAGUUAUGGCUUCCGGUUAAAAGGUCAAAACAAAGAUAAUGAGAAUACUUAUGGAGGAUUUAUUAGACGAUUAUUGGGAAUGAAUAAAAAGUUUCACAAUCGGAACAAACUGAUAACAACAGAUGCAAGAAUGAACGCGGCUAUAGAAGAUGCUGGAAAUGGUACCGGUGCGGAAUUGCCUGGCUCUUUAUCAGGACAUGGAGCUGAUGAUUUUAUUGAACAAAUUAUGGAAGAAUCUGAGCAAAUGAUUACAUCAAGUGAAAAGCCAAGUACAUCAACUUAA